GAUUCCAAACAGGAGAAAAAACUAGUGUUUCCUUACGCUGGGAGUAUUUUAAAAGAAAAUUCCUUACUAACAGAUACUUUAAGAUUCAUAUUUUUGUUUAACGCUUCAACGCGUAAUUAUUCACCAUGGCACCGAAAUCCAAGAAAGGACGUGGGAAAACAGUAAAACUAACAGAGUUCAAUAAGGCCUACAUACCAGAAGAUGCCUUGGACUGGGCCGAUGAUGAUUGGAUGAUCGAAAAUCGGGAGGAGGAGAUAAGGAAUGAGAAAAACGCUAUCGGCAAGCGCCACGAAUACAGUCGCACUGCAAAGAACACUCUAGGCCAGGAAGAAAGCUUCCGCACAGCGGAUAUGCUGCAGCCAGGCACAAAGCAGUACGACUCUGAGCUGCGUCCACCGUACGUUGCCCACUUUGGCAACCUGCGCAACGGCACCACCGAGGAGAAUUUCCUGGAACUAUUCAACAAAGAUGUUGUCGUGACGCACCGCCUCAUCUCGCAAGAUGGUAAGACAUUCGCCUUCGUCGAGUUUAGCUCUGAGCAGGCCCUCCGUGUCGCCCUUUCGCUCGACGGCACCGUCCAGCGCGCACGAAGGAUGUAUGUAGAUCUGGCAACUGAAAAGCAGAUUGAACGUCUUCUAAACCGAGGCGUUGGUGGCGCUAAGAUGGGGCUCUCGCGCGACAAUGCGGAACAGGCCGGCGGGUUGGGUGCGAUGGAGCUCUCGCGAAACGUCUUCGGCGGGCAGCAGCAGCCGGACUCGCCACUUCCCUUCUCGGACCGUGGUAACUUCGGCUCUCGACAGGACCUAACCAUGAUGGGUGAAUUCUCUCGCGAUAUGCUGGGCACCGCCCGGCCAGCGUCUCCACUUCAACCUAACUUUGCUUUCUCUGAUAGCGCGAACUCACCGGUCGACUUUUCGAAUUGGAGAAAUGAGGAAACACCGGCACAGCCGGAUUUCAGAGGCAUGCCAGAGCGCAAGCACAGCACCAACCGGUUUGAGCAAUUCCGCAGUGGUAAUAACGCACAUGCCGACAAGGGUGGAAAGCGAAACAUCCCAACCGCAUCGAUGCCGUCGGGCAAUUGGCGCGACGAGCAGCCUAUCGAGGUACCGCCAACGCAGGGGGACGGCACCGAGAUGACGAAGAGAAGAGAGGAUGGCCCUGCAGAAAUGAAUGGGGGACGCGGCGGUGGCCGCGGGCGCGGGCGCGGACGUGGCGCGGGUCCCGAAAAGACUACCCCCAAAGACCCCUCCUUAGCUGAAAAAGACUGGGCAAGCUUUCGGAAGUAA